GUCCAGUUAGCGAGUCCUCCCAGCUCCACACUGGGAUGCUCACCCAGCACUUCAGCAGGCCCAUGGCGCUGAUAGGCUGGGUCCCGCUGCUCGUGGGGUUUCAAGUCCUUUGCUUGGCGCUUGGGCAGUGUCCUGAAGAAUGUCAGUGCUCCAAAUCAGCUCAAGUGGAGUGCUCAGGAGCAGGGAUCACGCAACUUCCCAGCCCCAUCCCCACGAACGCCAUAAGCCUGCAGAUAAUCAACACCCGCAUCGCUGAGCUGGGGGACGCUCCCUUCAGCAAUGUCUCCAUGCUGAUUGCGCUGAGAAUUGAGAAGAACGACCUAUCUCGGAUCAGCCCCAGAGCCUUCCAGGGCCUGGCUGCCCUGCGCUACCUCAGCUUGUCCAGCAAUAAGCUGCAAGAGUUGCCCGUGGAGCUCUUCCAAACCUUGGGGAAACUCGAAUCGCUGCUGCUGUCGGGCAACCAGAUCCUGCACAUUCAGCCCUCCCACUUUGCCCAGCUCAGCAACCUCAAAGAGCUGCAGCUGCACGGGAACAACCUGCAUUCCCUCCCGGAGGGGGUGUUCGACCGGCUGCCCAGCCUCACCAAGCUUAACCUGGCCAAGAACAGCAUCACCGCCCUCCCGGCCAAGGCCUUGCGGAGGCUGCCGAGGCUGCAGGUGCUCAGGCUGUAUGAGAACCAGCUCCGUGAAAUCCCUGCGGGCGCCUUCGACAGGCUCCGGGAGCUGCAGGAGCUGGGGCUGCACCAGAACCAGAUCAAGCGCCUGUCGGCCGGGCUCUUUGUGCACAAUGGCCAGUUGCAGAAGCUCUUCCUGUCCAACAACGUCAUAGCAGCUCUUCCCCAGGGAGUCUUCCUGCACCUGCCUGAGCUCUCCAAGCUGACACUGUAUGGGAACGCGGUGCGAGACAUCGCCCCUGGGACCUUUGGGCCCAUGCCCAAGCUGAGGGAGCUGUGGCUCUAUGAUAACCAGCUCACCACCCUGCCAGACUUCGUCUUCAGCAACCUCACCCAGCUGCAGCUGCUGGUUCUGAGCAGGAACCAGAUCCGCACCAUCUCCACCUUUGCCUUCCAGGGCCUGAGGGAGCUCCUGGAGCUGUCUCUGCACUCCAAUGCUCUGCGCAACUUGGAGGGAGCGCUCUUGCAGGGCCUGCCCAAGCUGCAGAACAUCUCCCUGCAGAACAACAGGCUGCGUGCCCUGCCGGAGGACCUGUUCCGGAAUGCCACUGGGCUGCUCAGCCUCCAUCUGCAGAACAACUCCCUGGAGAACCUCCCCGCAGGCCUCCUCGAUCCUUUGUCCCAGCUGCGCCAAGUGAAGCUGCACGACAACCCCUGGCGCUGCGACGCCAGCAUCCUGGCGCUGAAGAACUGGCUCCGAGUCAAUCUGCAGAAGGUGGGAGACAGCCUGCCCGUGUGCGCCCUACCGCUCCUCGUGAGGGGUGCCCCAGUCGUAUCGUUUGAUGAGGGGCACUCAUCUCCGGAGACCCCUUCUGGGGCCACAACAUACGGGCCAAACCCCACCUCCUUCAGUCACCCAGAAACGUCACCCUACACCCAUCCAUCCGACCAGGCUCCAGAGAAAGUUCCACCAACACCCUUCAGCCCCUCACUGGCCAACCAGCUAAGCGUAGGGACUGCGAGUGGGUCCCUGACCAGGCCACCGGAUGUCCCUGGCAUGGGUGGGCUGUGGGGCCUGACUCGCACACAGAGUGGGGUGGUGGUCGCUGUCAUCACGCUGGGCUGCCUGGCUGUGCUCUGCACGCUGGUGGGGCUGGUAGCCUACAGCUGCAGGAAGAGGAGCCAGGUGGUCCUGGAGCGAAGGAAGGGACAGAACAAAGCACACCGGACUCUGAAAGCCGCCUGCUUAAACAUGUUGCCUUUUGAAGGGGCAAAUCCCUCCUGCAAGGAAACAGCAGAAUUGCACCGGUUGCCUGGCUUGGUUCCACGGAUGAUGUUUCCCAGCCCCCUGCUGCUGUGUCUCCAGGGCCUGCUGCUGGGCAGGUUUGCCCAGACCUGCCCGCCCCCCUGCCAGUGCUACGACAGAACAAAGGUGUUCUGCUCUGGGGAGGAGAUCUGGGGCAUCCCCGAGGGCCUGCCGGGCAAUGCCACUCAGCUCUUCUUCGUGGAGACUUCCCUCACCACUGUCGGGAGCGGGGCCUUCAGCAACUGCAGCAGCCUCGCCAGGCUGGUUUUCCUCAACAACCCAAGCCUGGCCCUGGAAGUGGGCGCCUUUGGGGAACGGUCCAGCCUCGCCGAGCUCGAGGUCUCAGGCAGCAAUUUGUCAGCCCUGAGCAGCGCGGUCUUCGGCAGCCUGCUGGAGCUGCGCAAUCUCUUCCUCACCUUCAGCGCCCUCCGAGCCCUGGAACCAGGGCUCUUCAACCACACGCCCAGCCUGGAAGCGCUUCACUUGCAAGGGAACCAGAUAGAGACCUUGCCCCCCACCGUCUUUUCCCCACUGAGGGAGCUGAGGGUGCUCGACCUAUCUCACAACCCCUUGGCCCAGGUGCCUGACAGGCUGUUUGACCCGCUCGCCCUGCUCCAAGUGCUGAAGCUGAGCAACAUCAGCCUCACCCGCCUCCCGCUCGGCAUCUUCCAGCCCCUGAGGAGCCUCAAAGAACUCUCUCUGGAUAGGAACGCGCUGGAGGAUCUGCCCGAGGGAGCCUUCUCUGGGCUCUCCCGCCUGCAGAGACUGGAGCUCCAGCACAACGUCCUCACAAGCCUGCGCCCCUGCAUCUUCUCCUACCUGUUGAACCUGGAUGUCCUAAACCUAGAGGGUAACCACCUCUCUGCACUCCCUGCCAGCCUGCUCCGGGGCACGCCUAAGCUGGGCCAGCUCUUCGCUGCCUCCAACUGGCUUGAGACCAUCCCUGAGGGGAUCUUCAGCAACCUGCUCCAGCUGCAGACCAUUGUGCUCUCGCACAACCAGCUCACUCACCUGCCCGCGGGGGCCUUCAGAGACCUCUUCAGCCUCACCACGCUGCAGCUGGACCACAACAACCUCACUGCCCUGGCGGGGGAUACCUUCCACAGCCUCCUCAGCCUAGAGGUGCUGGACCUGGCUGGGAACUGCCUGCAGGCGCUGCCUGAGGGGAUCUUUGACUCCAAUGACUACCUGUUCGGCGUGGCCCUGAAGGACAACCCCUGGGUGUGCGACUGCCGGCUGGCCUCUCUCACCGGCUGGAUCCGGAACUGGUCCGCGCCCCUGAACUCUCAGACCUUCUGCACAAGCCCUGACCACCUAAAGGGAUGGGCGCUCCCAGCUUUACCUCAAGAGCAACUGGUGUGUCUGGCUGCUCCGGGCCCGGCAGACUCCUCCUUGUCCUCGGGAGAAGCAGAGACAGCCCGGGCCCCAUGUACCUACAAUGACUCUGAAGGCACCGUGCAGCUCGCCUGUGACACAGCCGCAUGCCACCGGUUAAAGGUUCAUCUCCCUCCACAAGGGGACUCGACUGGCCGGGGACUGGCCUACAGUAACGACUGGGUCUUGAAUUCCAGCUGUGGCACAGUGAGGGUCUGGGUCACCAUCCGUGCAGAGCCAGGAGGGAUGGCAAGGGAGGAAGAGGCUGUUUCUCACAAUCCCUACUUGCUGGUUGUUCUUACUUUCAUUUGCUUAACCGCCAUGCCAAUUUCAACUUCUUUCACUGCCACUUGGCCAUCCACUUCCAUCACCACCUCCUUAGAAGCGAUCGCUAUAUUACUAGCCACAAUAUUCCUCCUGGCUCGGAGGCUCCAACAACUGAACUGA